GUCUAUUCGUACUUCAAUGAAUGGCGUUGUUUCAUCAAUGAUUUUUCGAAAUACAUUGCGAUAGUGAUAUAAUUUUCGUGUUCUGUAACUAUAUAAACUGUAACCAUGGCUGUGUUAGCGGCCGCGCAGUUAUUGGACGAAUUGAUGGGGCGACAUCGAAAUACAAAUCCAAAUGAAAAAAUAAAGAAGCCUAACUGGGAGGACCCUGAAUACUGUAAGUAUUACAUGGUGAAGUUCUGCCCUCACGAUUUGUUUGUGAACACAAGAGCUGAUCUCGGUGUAUGUCCCAAAGUCCAUGAUGAGGAGGUUAAAGACUUGUUUGAGAAAGCUGAACCAUCAUACAAGAAAUCUCAAUAUGUUGAAGAAUUCCUAAGAUACUGUCGCCAUAUGAUUAAUGAAGUUGAACGUAAAAUACUUAAAGGUAAGCAGAGAUUAGAACUGAUGAACUCCAAGCCUGAAUGUCCACCAAUGACUCAAGCACAAACUGAAAAGAACCAAGAACAGGUCAAGCUGUUGUCGGAGAAGAUCACUGCCCUGGUUCAAGAGGCAGAAGAAGCCGGAACCUGUGGUAAUGUGGAGCAGGCCCAGGGACUCAUGAAGCUCUGCGACCGUCUGAAAGAGGAGAAAGACUCACUGCUGAAGCAACAAGAGAAUAGCCACUGGUCAAUGACAGCUGAACUGGCUGCCGCCCAGGAGAAGCAAAUGGAAGUGUGUCCUGUGUGUGGAGCAUUCCUCAUUGUCGGUGAUGCACAGCAGCGGAUUGAUGACCAUCUCUCCGGCAAGCAACAUGUUGGCUACUUUAAACUGCGUCAAGCCUACGAGGAGAUGAACGAAGCUCGCGAGAAGGAGCAGCAAGAAAAGAGACGGAGAGAGGAGAGGGACAGGGACAGAGACCGCAGCAGCCGCAGCAGCGGGGGCCUGGGAUCGGACCGCCGAGACCGCGAGCGCAUGGACAGAGACCGGGAACGGGACAGGGGGGACAGAGAUAAAGAUAGGGGGGACAAGGAGAAGGAGCGAGAUAGAGAGCGCCACAGGUCCAGCCGAGACGAGAAGGAGAAAAGCCGCCACGAGGAUAGGGACCGGGACCGGGAGCGCGAGCGGGACAGGGAGAGUGUGCGCGACAAGGACAAGGACCGCGAGAGGGAAAGGGACCGCGACCGUGAGAGAGACAAGGACAGGAAGCAUAGAAAAGAGAGAAGGUCUUCUCGCGAGCGGUCGCGGCGUCGGUCGCGCGAUCGUCACUAGCGUAUGACUGAGGUAUCACAAUGCACCACGAGCCGGUAAGCAUACUUUUGUAUCACUCUGUGAAUGCCAAGUCCUUUCAACUCACACGACCGGCAUAUCCUAACACAUCCAUAUUCCACCUCCAAAUAUUGGUACCGUGAUAAGUAUUAAAGUGAACACUUGUUUUACAGCUUUAGUUACAUGCCAAAAUUAAAGCUUGGUAUUUGGCAAACGUAAGGGAAAAUGUGCACAUGCACUCGAUUUGCUAGUCGUCACACCGACGGACUUGGCAGGUAUUUAAUUGGUAUUAUAGCUGCUGGUUGCAGACGAUUGGAAAACUUGCGGCGAUCGCAUACUCUUUUGUCUAAAAAAAGGUAGCGAUUGUCUAUGAAUUUUUCGAAUAAGCGGUCUGCGUACGCGGCGAUUGUUGAGGUAUUUUCAUGUAUAUGUUUCGUCGUUUACCGGAGACCCGGAGUACCGGUGCCGUUGAUUGCCAGGUAUUUGUUAGGGCUCAAGGGAUGUAGGGCUCCAUUCAGGGAUUAACCAUAUUAGAUUCACAAACCUGCAAAUAACUAAUUUAGCUUUAGACAUGAUCGAGAUGUCAGAGAGCAUGCUAUAUGCUCCUAUGACACAAAAGGAUGCUGUUUUUACAUCAGCUGUGAAUUUCCAGGUACCCAUAGAUGGCAACAAAUAUCUCAAGAAUCAGCUCUACACAUUUGUUGCCAUACUUUAUUCAAAAUACACUCUAUAUACCCUUAUGAAGUCAAAUGAAAAUGAUAAAGUGACAGGAAAAUAUUUUAUACAAAUAUGUAACAUAAUAUAAAGCUUGAGGUCCAAAAACUUAUCAUUCAUCAAUUGAUUUCACAUAAAGUAUCUUUUACUGUCAUGAUUAGCAUAUAGAUGGGCUUUUCAGUUGGCAAAUACUUAACGAAGAUGGAGAUUGGGGCAGCAGAAGUCUCGGAGUCUUCAACAUCUAAGAGGUAUUUGAAAUUAAGAGCGAAGAAAUCCUGCUGGCUGUUACCACCAAAUAGUCACUGGGCCAUCGGUUUUGAGGUGACAUAAAUAAAAAAAUACAAUUUCCAAAUAAUAUAAAUGCAUGUAUUAAAUUGCAUUAAAUAAAUUUGUUAUCGACUUAGAUUUAAGUUUGUGUAAACGCUACCUCUGCUAUUAUCCCUAAGGAGGUUAUUACUGUAACCCAGAUUCCACUGGAUGAGUUCAGGUAUUUAUCACCUUUUAUUUCUUUUAAAUAAUGCUAUUGUGAUUGAUUUUAUCAUUGAUUUGUGUGAACCAUUAGGGAUAUUAAAAUAUUACUUAUAGCAUA